AUGCCUGAUUUUACUUACCUUGCCAAAUUCAAUUUCCCUAACUUCUCCGCCAUGUCUCGCUUCCCCGUCCGCACGUGCCUCCCCUUCGUCCUCUCUUCCGCUGCGCGCAUCCUGGUGCCAAUCGCGCGCUCGGCGGAGCGGCAGCUUGACGCGGUGCUGGCGGACGUGCUGCUGCCGGGGCCGCUCGGCAUCGUCGUGCACCGCUUCUCGCGCUACGAGCGCGCCGUCGCUUCCGCCGACCUCGCCAAGGCGGAGGCUGCGGCUGCGUCUGCGGAUGCGCGCAUGACAGCGGAACGAUGGCCGCGGCAUGCGCGGUAA